AUGGCGUCGUCGUCGGCUGCCACUCCCGACACUCCGAUCGCUCUGAAGAUCAACUUUGACGGCGCCACUCGCCGCUUCAAGCUGCCCCUACGUGAACUUGGAGUAGCUACUCUCGAGGACAAGCUUCGAGGUUUUCUACACAUUGCCCAUGGAGUCAAGACUGUCGUUGAGCGAUACUCUGAUUCUGCGGCUGCCUAUGUUGUCCUCGAUUCCGCGAACCCAUCCAUCUAUAAGCAGCUCUUCCGUGCUGCUAAGGCAAAGCAGAAGCUGAAGUUGCGAGUUUCAGUCGUUGUACCACCUCAACUUGAAGACGUCGCCCGUCCUAAACCUGUUACCGUGGAGGACGAACUGGAGACGAAUGAUGCCGCUGAGGCGGAGCCCGUCGUCACAGAAGCCCUAGUCGAGCAGUCCGCAUCACUGGACAAGUCGCUCCCAGUUGAUUCCCGCCAAUACCAGUUCUCGCAGACUGCCAGCGCUCUUCCGUCGGACAUUCUCUGUCGUUACCUUUCGAGCAUGGCCUCCGCCGAGCCCAAAGAAAGCGAAGAACAAGCACAGGUCCCGACCACAACCAGCGAACAGCCUGUAAUCCCGGAAUGCCCAGCCUUGGCCAGCCGCCUCCGACGGCCUUUCACCGUCUGCUGCAACAGCUGUGACCGAGCAGUGCCCGACGCCCAUUUCCACUGCUCUGCAUGUGAUGACGGGGACUUCGAUCUUUGCCAGGACUGCGUCAACCAAGGUAUCUCUUGUUACAAUGACCAGCACUGGUUGAUCAAGCGAACUAUUGCGGAUGGUCAAAUCACUUACAGUACCACCCAUGUUGCACCCAAGAUAAAUCGCACUUCUCAGGACAAGCCUGCCCAAGAGCCGGCAAGCGCUUGUCUUCAGCCCCGGCUCAACCUCCCCAUCCGCCCUAUUGAGCCCGUCGUGAGAUCUAACGCAGGCGAGCUUAGCCCAUGGGCAGCCCCCCUGUUCAUGGCUCGCACCUGUAACAGCUGUGUUCAGGAGUUCCCCGAAAAGGAGUUUCUGCAUUGCAACGUCUGUGAUGACUUCGAUUUGUGCAAGGCCUGCUUCAACAAGGAUCAACAUGGCCACCACCCCAAGCACAGUUUUGCUCCUGCAGUCAACGGUACUAUGUUCGAUGCAUCUAUCAUGGCACGAUUGAACGCCGGCCGUAAUGUCCGCCACAAUGCGAUCUGCGACGGAUGCAACCACUACAUCCGUGGCAUUCGCCACAAGUGCCUGGACUGCCCUGACUGGGAUUACUGCUCCGAUUGCGCCCAGAACGCCGGAUUUAUCCACCCGAACCACAGGUUCGCUCCCAUCUUUGAGCCUCUCGCAGAACCCGCUCGCGUCAUGUCCCGAUCAAUCCACAACGGCAUCUGCUGUGACGGUCCCCUUUGCACCUCUUCCCGCACUGGCUCGAGGUACAUUGUUGGCGUCCGUUAUAAGUGUGCCGUGUGCCACGACACCGACUUUUGCGCUGGUUGCGAAGCUAGCCCUGCUAAUACCCACAACAAGACGCACCCCUUGAUCAAGUUCAGGACUGCUGUGCGUCAUGUCAGCGUAACCACUACUGGUGAACACCAGGACGGAGAGCGUCUCCCGCCCAUGGGAGACCGCCAGAUGUCCGUGGUUCCCUCACGACACACCAGCAAUCGCUCUACCGAGACUGUCCCUUCGCCUAGCGAGAACAUCGCCGUGAAUCCUGUGCAAACAGUCAUCGAUGUGAAGCCAACUGAGGCUCCUGUUGAGCCAAUCAUUGAGAAGGUAGUCGAGAAGGUCGUCGAGAAGGACGUCAUCGAGCCUGAACAAACCGUUACUGUGGAGAAGACGGAAGAGGCCGUUUCUGAGCCGGAUUUAAUCGCCGUCUUCAAGCGUGAUACCAUUGAAGAUGGUACUGCCAUGCCCCCUAAUCACACUUUUGAGCAGACUUGGGUUCUGCGUAACGAAGGCAAGGCCGCCUGGCCUGCUGGCUGCUCUGUCAAGUUUGUCGGCGGUGACUACAUGGGUGCCGUUGAUCCCACUCGUCCUACCGGGGUUCGGGAGCUGAUCUCUGCCUCUGAAUCCACUAUCUGCUACAACCAGCUGCAGCCCGGUCAGGAGUUCCCUUUCACUGUGCUGAUGAGGACACCUGACCGUGAGGGCAAGGUCAUCUCGUACUGGCGUCUCACCAGUUGUGACGGUGUCAAAUUUGGCCACAAGCUGUGGUGCGAUGUCACAGUCGAGGCCCCGAUUAAGGAGGUCGAGGAGGAGCAAUCUCUUCUCGACACUGAGGUUCCUGAAAUGGCCAGAUCCAGAAUGAUCAUUCCUAAGCUUGAUCACGAAUCUCCCUCUGCCAGCGUUUUGGUUCCCAAGGAUGAGAGUGAGUUUGAGGUUGCCACCGAGACCGACACCUUGGCUCUUUCGACUCGUGCCGACGACGAAGAGUAUGAAGACUGCGCCGAAGAUGAUGACUGGGCCGAGUCUGAUGGUGGUUUCAUGACAGACGAGGAGUACGACAUCCUCGAUGCAUCUGAUGAGGAGUAUCUUUUCGACCAACAGAAAAUCGUCUCCAAGAAGUAG